GAACAGGGAUGAAUUCUUGUUAAUUGGGAAAGAUAAUUCUCCCUGACUUUUUGACACCCGUCGAUUUGAAGAGACAAGAUGGCUACAUUUGAUUGGCAUGCUGAAAGGGCCGACCUCUCCAAUAUAGCUCUAUUGGACCGGGCUCCUGAAAGUGAAGGGAUUGACCUCAGUGCACUACGUCUCUACAGACUGAAUCGCAUACGAAGUCAGAUGACAAGAUACGGCAUAGGUGCUCUCAUUCUCUCCGAUCCUGUUAACAUCCGUUACGCUACAGGCAGCCGCAACAUGCAGGUCUUCAGCAUGCGGAAUGCACCGUCACGAUACUUGUUGUUAACUCAAGACCGGUCUGUCCUUUUUGAAUUCACGGGCUGCCUUCAUUUGGGCCAGGGAUAUGAGACUAUUGACGAAGUGCGGCCGUCAAGAACAGCGAGCUUUGUGGCUGCUGGUCCCAACAUCGAGGAACGGGAAAUCUUGUGGGCUAACGAGAUGGGAGAUCUGAUUACAACGCUCGUGGGGAAAUCCGCCACCAUAGGUCUAGAGCGCCUAAACGCAAAUGUGGCUAUCGCGUUGAAGAACCUUGGCUUUGGGAUUGUCGACGCUCAGAAGCCCGUCGAAAUGGCACGGGCCAUUAAAUCAGCCGAUGAGGUCAAGUGCAUUAUUGCAUCCUUGCGUGCCACUGAAGUAGCAGUGGGUAUACUGCGUGACACCAUUCGUCCGGGAGUCACAGAGAAUGCCUUAUGGUCAGUUCUACAUCAAUCAAUCAUCGCCCAAAACGGAGAUUACUGCGAGACACGUCUGCUCAGUGCAGGUCAACGAACAAACCCGUGGUUUCAAGAGGCGGCAAGUUAUGUGAUUGGCAAGAAUGAGCUAAUUUCCCUCGACACUGAUGUCGUCGGGUGUCAUGGCUAUUAUUCGGACUUCUCGAGAACCUUCCAUUCGGGCCCUGAUCCUCCCACCGAGGCGCAGCGAGAACUCUACAGAGUAGCACACGAGCAGGUGACCCACAACAUGAACAUUCUACGUCCUGGCUUAACCUUUCGUGAAUACGCUGACUUAGCAUGGGAUAUUCCGGAAAAGUACUACGCUAACCGAUACUAUCUCUCGGCACACGGUUGUGGAAUGACAGGGGAAUAUCCAUACCUCUAUCAUCGUGGAGACUUCCCGGAUGCUGGAUAUGAUGGUGUCAUUGAGACUGGAAUGGUUAUCUGUGUAGAGAGCUAUAUUGGUGAGCAAGGUGGUUCUCAAGGGGUUAAGCUUGAGCAACAGGUUUUGAUUACGGAAACGGGCAUCGAGAUCUUGUCAAAAUUCCCAUUCGAGAAAAGCUUCCUGAAAUAG